AGAGACUAUUGUCUGUGGGUAUAAAGACGACCGUUUCAGGACGGGAUUUGAAUCAUUUGUGGACUGCCACGGGGUGUUGCCGGGGUAUCUACCGGCGCCUGGGAUCGGGGGUGUGUCCUCGCGCCAGAAGGACUGAGUGUGCCAGGCAAUCGCCUCCGACCUCUUCCUCACCGUCCACGACGACGACUACGGCCCUUUUGGCCCCUUUACUUCCCGUACUUUGCCAUCCGUAGCACCUUGACGUCGUCCCUCCUCUUCUCAGCCCUCCCUGCUCCAUUUCAAUACUAGUCUUCGGCUCGAUCGACCUCGCCAAUCUUGUGCGGCACGGUCACAUCUGCGCUGCUAUUGUGCGACCAAUCUUUUACUCCGAAUACCGACUUUCUCUCUGACUGACUGGUUCGUUAUAUGGUUCGUCUUUUACCAACGCCGUUUAUCGAUUCUUCACUUUCAGGUGCCAUCAUCCGCACUAGCGAUGGCCUCGGGUUCCCAGUCGACCCCACCAAACCGUGGAUCUUCCAAUGCCACACCCCCUGCAAACCAGUUGCAGUGGGAUGGCGACAAGAUGUUCAAUAUCUAUAUCCUAGACUAUUGUCUAAAGCGCGGCUAUUCACAAACCGCAGAAUCGUUACGACGAGAAGCAGACCUUCCGGAUGAUUCAAAACCCCCCAUCGAUGCAAAACAAGGCCUAUUAUUCGAGUGGUGGAGUGUGUUCUGGGUAUUAUUCACUGCGAAGAGUAGUGGGACAGGUUCAGAGGAUGCGUUGUUGUAUACUCAGCAUCAGGCACAACGACCACGGGGACAUGGAUACCCACCGGCUGUACCUGUACAAGGGGGAACUACUCUGGCUGAGAAGACUCGCCUACCUAUGGCCGCUCUUCCUCCAGGUGUCCAACAACGGCCUAUGACCAACGGUAUUGGUCCACCUCCGGGUCCGCCACAGGGUCAACCACCCAAUGGCACAAAUGGGCCUUCUCAGCCUCAGAACCCUUCCCUCGGACAACGACACGGUCUCCCACAACAACGUCCUCCAAAUGGCGCCUCCUUCCCUUCUCCUACUAUGGCUCACUCCCCACAUCAUGCAGGCCCGCCUCCAGGGCAACCGGGACCACCGCUCGGCACUGGCCAACCCUUAACUCAAAUGAAUCGAGGAAACAUGCCGCCGCCAAAUGGGCCUGCUCCAGGGUCAAUAGGAGGCGCACAACAAACGCCGCAACCUGCUUUCCAACCGCUCGGUCCAUCAUCCAGUCAGCCCGGGUCACCGGCGCAACAGGGGAACAGAUCUGCACCAAGCCCGUUGCUCUCAUCUCGUAUGCCGUCCAACAACGAGAUACGAUUGAACAAUGAAAUGUUCCUUAUUGAGAAGAACGCAAUUACGGGGCUUAAGCAGGAGCUAGGGCUUGCUGACAAGGACAUCCCUUCGCUUACCGUAGAGGAUAAGCGCAAAAUCGUCGAACUCGCUAAGGCGAAACGCCUCCUUCCGUUAUCCAAUGUUGGGCAGCAGGGACCACCUACUGGUGCCGCAGGUCCAUCUCGGCAAAUGAUGCCUCAACAGCGAGGAAUGCCACCGAUGGCACCCGGUAUGCUACCCCAUAUGCAACAGGCGCCCCAAAUGCAGCCAGGUCAGAUGAAUCGUGCCGCCAAGCGAAGUAGUUCAUCUCCUGACGAUGAGCACGCGCAGCUUAGGGCGGAUACGUCUCCUGCGAAUAAGCGAAUACGAAGGUCUCCUGCGGGCAACGAACAGUCUCCUCAACAACCACAACCACCGCAGCCUCAUCAGCCUCACCAGCCUCAUCAACCUCACCAACCCCACCAGCCUCACCAGCCUCAGCAUCCACAACAGCAGCAGCAACAACCGAUGGUUUCCUUCCAUGGGCCACCUGGUGGGGGCAUGCAUCCACAACCGAUGGGACCUAUGCAUGGUCGAAUGCCUGGCCCUCCUAUGUCUAGCUUCCCCGGUCCACCGGCAAGUAUGCAGAACAUGGGCAACCAUGGGAAUAUGGGCCCAAUGACAAUGGGUCAAGGGAUGGGUAUACCUAACAUGGCUCAGCACAUGAGUCCGGGAAUAAUGCACUCGAACCCUCCUCCGCAGCCGCAGGGAUCAGGGUUUAUGAAUGUAAUGCAGUACAAGUCAUCGAUGCACAACCUGCAUCAGAACAACAUCGCGAAGCAGGCUGGAAACCUGGCACAUCUACUGCCUGGACCUGGAGGUCCUUCAGGAUCGCCUCAAGGUAAUGAUCCGCAGUACCAAGAUCGUCCCCAGUCACGACCGGGCCCGGGUAUGCCACAGGGGAUGCAUAAUCAGUUCCCUGGGCAUCCGGGUGCACCUAACAAUCGAAUGCCACCAGGCAAGAUGAUGCCGCCUCCUUCCCCGAGUAUGAAUCAGGCAAAAAAUCCCGGACCGAAGCUCGAAGCCAAUGACAACCCAAGCGUGCCCGGGUCCUCCCCACGAAACCCUCCACAGAUGCCUGGUCCUCAAGGACAGCCUUCUGUAAUGUCAACACCCGGUGGGCCUCAGGGUCAACCUGCACCAACUACACCAGCUCCUCAAAACAACUCAUUUGCUGCACAAUCCCCGUCAGGCCUGCUGCAGAACUCGACACCCGUGAUGCCACCGGCCAUGCCUGGCUCUCAGGGUAUGCAACCCCCGCCUUCGGCCACGAACGACCUUUUCCCGCAUGAUUUUUUGAAUGGAACGGAUCCACUGCCAGAGUUCAAUGAUUCUAGUAUCUUCGAAGGGCUAGAUUCGACCUUUGACUGGUACCAGACACCCGAUGGUGGCGCCUUCACUGGAUUGUGAACUGAUGUAAUCGGACUGCUUGUAAGGAAGCGAAGUUCUGGCAGCGUUAGGGUGUGGUGUUCAUUUUGUCGGUAUAAUAUGGAUGUUCUUCUCUGGCCACAGUGCUGUUGUAUCGUUGGACUCCCUCAGUCCGUCUCAUCGCCUUUGUUCGUCGCUUUGCUUCGGAUACUGUAGUAUUAUCCCUUGACCAUCUCAUCUCUUCCUGGUCCCCCUUGUAUAUUUAUAACAAAAGCCUACUUGUGUGCUGGGCUGAGUAGAGUCUCAUCACUGCUCUGUUUGUUAAGUUUCUUUCUUUCUUUCCUUUCCAUUAUUCCUUUCUUUCUGAUUGUUUUCUAUCAUCUCGCUGUCGAUAUGGUUCUCUUGCCUCCCCCCCUUUACCCCGUUCUUGUUACCCUAGUUGUGUGUCGUGUCCCUACUGUUGUGCCUAAUCAUUUGUAAACACUUGACUCAUUCACCUCGGAAGGAAUCUUUAAAUAUUAUUAUCUGAGCUCUCACAAUGUCGACGGCCUUGGAGACGUGACAGAAGC